AUGAGAACGAGGUCGUCGAGGAAGACUCUGUCAACGGUACUGGAGGAAUUCAGCUGUUUGACAUGUCGCCAAUCGCCAAUUGUUCGCAGACGAGCAUUCGCGUCUGUUCCAGCUCGCGAAUCAAGCAGGUCAACCAGCGAUGAUGUAGAGGGUCCCUCAUCAGCAGCCUCCUCCUCCUCCUCGUCGUCGUCCUCCUCAUCCUCGUCAUCAUCACCAUCGUCCCAUCGUGAUUCCUCCAGCGGCUCCUCACCUGUCGCGCAAAUAUUUCGCUCAGGUCUCUCAUCGCUCCGAAAGCCUCAUCUGGAUUACACUACCCUGCUAGCUUCACACGCCGAGACGGUGCAGAAUUACACUAACCGAAGGAUACGAUUACCUCCAGAUCAUAUGGAACAAAUGAAUGCACUUUGGGGGAAGCAACAUGAGUUACAGAGAUCUUUGAUCGAAUACAAGACGAAUCAGAAGAAGAUUGGAGCGGAAAUGAAAAAGAAUGCUUCUGAAUCUCUUCGACGAGAGGCGAGAGCGUUGAAAGCUCAAGUAGCAUCGUUGCAAUCUGAACUGGAUGAAGUGGAGAGUGAGCUUCUGGAGUUGGGACUCCUCUUGCCUAAUUGGAGUCAUCCUUCGUCUCCUAUUGGACCCGAAAAGAACGCUCGAGAAGUCGCUCGAUUCGGUCCCAAGCCCAUACCAGAGGAUAAAAACAGAGAUCACCUGACCAUUUGCACGACACUCCAAUUGUUAGAUAAUGAAGCCUCUACCUUCACAUCCGGAUCAUCAUGGCCUUUCCUCAAAGGGUUUCUCGCUCAGCUCGAAAUGACUCUUAUCAAUCACGCCUUGUCAGUCUGCAGCUCGAGAUCCUUCACUCCCAUCAUCACGCCAGAUGCUGUUCGGACAGAUAUCGCUUGGAGAUGUGGAUUUCAACCUCGUGAUCCGGAAAAUGGAGCGACUCAAAUCUACCAACUCCAUACGGAUCCCGGUACACCCGAAAUGUGUUUGACGGGGACGGCCGAGAUUCCCCUAGGUGGGAUGUAUGCUCAAAAGAUGUUUGCGAUCAGAGAGUUGCCUUCAAAAGUCGUUGGUGUGGGUCGGAGCUAUAGAGCCGAAGCGGGCGCAACGGGUCAAGAUACGAGGGGCCUGUAUAGAGUUCACCAAUUUACAAAGGUUGAAAUGUUUGUCGUUGCCGAGGUUGGACAGAGUGAGGCGUGUUUCGAAGAAUUGGGAAGGAUACAGAGGGAGAUUAUAGAACCAUUAGGAUUUCCCGUGAGAGUACUCGAGAUGCCGACAGAGGAACUCGGAGCCAGUGCCGCUAGGAAGUGGGAUAUGGAAGCUUGGAUGCCAGGUAGAGGUAAAUGGGGCGAGAUCACAUCAACGUCAAAUUGUACCGAUUAUCAAGCGAGACGCCUCCAUAUCCGAUACAAACCAGCUCACGUCCCUGGCUCUGAUCCAAAGGACAAGGACAACAGCCCGUCUCUACUUUUCGCUCACACGCUCAACGGGACGGCGGCCGCUGUACCGAGGUUGAUGAUCGCUCUGAUUGAAAAUGGCGCGAGAUUGAAUGACGAUGGUCAGGUCGUAGGAAUCGACCUCCCCGUGGUCUUACAGAGAUUCUGGGUCGGAGGGGAGGAAAUUGGUCUGGGGAAACACAAGGCGACUAUUCGAUGGGUCUAG